GGUCCGGCUCCAACACGUCAGCAAAGUUUAUUUUGCACAGGCGCAAUUAAAGACACCUAUCGGGGUGUUCAGGAACAUCACUUCCUGUCCCAGUAACGCAGGGGCAUACAGAUGGUGCAGUUUUAAUCCCCUCUGCUUCAUAAAUAUUUAUUCCGCAUACUCCACUGGUAAUGUGCGCCACACCUAUCAUUUUCAUCCAAAAAAGUGCCAUAAACGUGACGCAGAGUCCCGACCUUAAUUAACCCAUCACGGUUUUUUCAUUAAGCUCAGCACAAUGGGAGCUUAUUUUGUUCACCUGUAACGCAAAAAAAGAGAAAAAAAUGGGAAAGAAUGUGAUCCGAGCCGCGCAACGUAAGCGCAGACGCACUUUUACGCGUCGGAAUCCGAGCUGUUUAUGGCGCUUUUACGCACGGCGCACGGAAUUAACCUGCGUGUCCAAUAAUCUUUAAUAUCUGCGGGGGUUACAUAAGGGAUUUGAUAGCCGAGUGUGUCCCCUCUGAAUGUCAGCAAUCAGCCUUGGGGGGAGCUGUGGUCUGUUUACUAGAGGGAAGAGGGGAAGGAGAGAAGAGGGAGAGGGCGAAUGAAGGGAGGGGGAGGCCGGGAGAGAGCGGAGAGAGAGGGAGCGAGAGAGGAGGGAGGGCAGGCAAGAAAACUUUUCACUUCUGAGGAGCCACGGAGGAAGCGUGUGAGUGUGUGCGUGCUGGAGCGGCGACCAUGCAGGAGGAGUCUGGAGAGACAGUGAGCAGUGAAAGCAAUGGGGUGUCGGAGUGGCUGUGCCCCCUCUGCCAACAAGGCCAAGCCGACAGAUCCUCCCUGUCUCUGCAUCUCACUGACCAACACAGCGUACUUCCAUCUUGCGUUGACAGACUGCUGGACAUUGCUGUUUUGAAACGUAGUUCCAGUGGAGAAGGGGAGUCCAAAGCUGCUCAAAAGUCUUCAGAUGCUGUAUCUCCACAACCGAAGCCCACACAAGACAUCAGCUCAGACCCCUGCCAGUCUAGUGAGGGUUCAACCUCUUCCUUGACACCCACAGACAAAGACAUGGAUGAAGAGCGAAUAUUGGAACAGGAGGGAGGUGAGGUCAACCCGGAGCCAGAAGAGGAGGGAAACUCGGCUGCAGGAGUCAAACAGCAAAACGCAACUGAAAAUGCAGAAGUCGCAGAUGCUGGUGAAAAGUUAGGUGGUAAAAAUGUGCCACCUGAAAGUAACACCAGGUCUUUCAAAUGCAAUGCCUGUCUGGAAACAUUUCCCAGCAGAACUGCCUUGAGUGUCCACUACAACUCUGCAUCUCAUAUUCAGAGGAUGACAACAGGCUCUGCAAAGCAGAGUGGGGAAAAUGAGUCCCAGAAUCCUUCAGUUCCUGUCCUCUCUCGGCCAUAUAUAUCCAACAAACCAUACCAGUGUGCUAUAUGUAGAGUCUCAUACAAUCACGCCAUCACUCUUGAGAGCCAUAUGAAGUCUGUGUUGCACCAGACCCGCAGCAGAAAUGCUGGAAUUGUUGCAAAUGCUGCAAACAGCGCGGUGGCGACUGGCAGUAACACUAGUGCUCCAAACACUGUGGCGAGCACAUCUGGAAGUGGAACCAGUCAGUUAGUUACCACCACCAACUGUGCUGCUCCCGGGACCUUGAUGGUGACUUCUGCAAAAGACGGAGAGCAGAUCCAAACUUCACAAGUGGCCCCCUCCCUCCUCACCUCCCCUGUGGCUUCAGCACAGGCGGUCUCGGCCUUCCUCACCCUCCUCACAUCCAGCCCCAACACCAUCUCACACUCCCUCCUCCCAUCCCUGUUUGCAACCGGCGCUGCCCCCGGUGCCGCUGCGCCUCAGCUCGUGCCUCAGCCUCAAAUGGUCAUGCCCUUGAUCUUGAAUGGGCUCCAAGCCCAAACCCAGCAGCACCCAGAGAACCAGCAAAGCCAGCUCCUCACCCAGUGUGUGCCAUUCGUAGGUCUCAGCACAGCCCAGCAAGCCCUCCUAACCCAAAGACUUAGCAGCUUACAGAACCAGUGGCCCUCUGCAGGAGUUCCAGCAAACAUACAGCCCUCCCUGGAAGAGCAAAAACAGAGUUUAAAGAGUGAGAGAGAACAAGAGAGGCCAGAUAGUGAUGAGAGCAUUGGUGAGAAGGUCUCAGAUCAGAUCAAGGACGGGGAUAGCAGGACUACAGAAAACAUUGCAAAAGAGAAACUUAAGGUAGAGGACAGUAAAGAAUUUGCACAAGGUCUUAAUAUAGAAAGCAAAGUGAAGGUUGAGAAUAAUGAAGACAAUGGGAAGGCACAUAGAGAUAGCACAACAGAUGGAGACAGCUCGAAUAAUCAGUUGGACCUGGAAGGUGAUAAAGCAGCUAGCCUGAAUCUCUCCCCAGCGGGCACAGAGAAGAGCCUCCGCAAUAACAACCUCUCGCCUUCUGCAUCUGUGCCCAGCAACUCAAGCCUCAGUCCUAUAAAUUUAAACCUAACACUUAGCCCUGAUUCUACUCCUCAGAAAUCACAUUCGGGUGCGAGCCCUUGCGGUUCUGUUGGUACCCCAAAAUCCAGCCCGAGUACAAAUGCCUUAACUAACAACCAAACUCGGUCCGUUUUCUCAGACCUUCCUGUACUGUCAGAGUUCCAGUCAGAGGUUCUCUGGGCGUUCUUUGAGUCCCGGAGCGAGGCUGAUGCUGCCAGUCCACCCCACGAAGACUGUGAGGCACUGGGCAGGGAAGUAGGGCUCUCUGAGGAGGAGGUUCGCAGGUGGCUGAGCCAGGCUCGACACGCCAAACAGAGGCAGAAAGCGACAGGUAUAGAACACCUGCAGGCCUUGGCAGGAUUUACCAGACAUAUUCAAGGUUCUGAUAAUGAUUAUGAUGAUGAGGAAAGCUCACUGAUUAUAGCAGAAGGUGAGGAUGAUGCUGAAGCAUCAGGAAGUCAGGCGAUGGAUUUGUCUAGUACAAGAGGAAAGCGUAAACAGAGAGAAUGGGGAAGGGAGGGACUGGGGGACUCCUGCCUCACCUCUGACUCUGAGAAUGAGGUCUACACUUCUGUUAUUGUGUCUGAUGAGGAAAGUCAGAAUGGGUCUUUGAGGGAGGGUCCUGAGAGCCCCGCAAAGGACGAGGCUCAGCGUGAUGUCCACAGUGAUAAGGGCUCAGUCGGUGGAAAGGUCCUGCGCUCCACCACUGUGUUUCUGUCAGAUGCAGAGGACGAGUAUGAGGACGAGGAGGGCGGAGGGGGUCAGAGGGCCAGGAGGAAAAAACGAAAGGGGGAGUUUGAGCGUGAUGAGGUGGAAGUAAAGAAGGAAAGACAGGACCCAGAUGUGGAUUUGGAGUUGGAGGCCCAAGGGGAUCCUCCGAAUUCACAGCCCCAUUCUAUAGAUAUUCCAGCUGGAGCUCUCCACUCUCUACCGUUGUCCCUUACUCCCUUCUCUACUCAGUUCCUCAGCCCUUACGUCCUCUCUCUCACUCCAUCAGUGGUUGGAGACGGGAGCAAAGUGCCAGUGUUUCCCAAUCCACCGACCAUCACACGCUUCCCUAAUUCGCUGCUGUCACAGUCCCUCUCCUCCCACAACCCGGUGUCCCACUACCUGUCCAACGGGGGUGACUGCGAGUCUGCUCUGGAUCUGAGCAUGGGCAAAAACAACUCAAAAUCUGUCUCUUCCACGCUAUCGCUGGCUGAUAAAAUCGCGGCACAGAAGGGACAGUUGUUGGAUGGGCUUGGUCUGAGGCCUACAUCCAAAGGUCUAGUUGUGGUUCAGGUGAAGCCAGAGUCUGCCAUGCCUUCCUCCAAUAGCAGCAUGAAUCUAAUCAACUGCAAUAACAUGACAAAGUCUAGCCUGUACAUGAGAGCGGCAGAGAAGAUGAACACCACACUACUGGAAAGGGAGAGAGAAAAAGAGAGGGAGAAGGAAAAGGAGAGGGAACAGGAGCAGCAGGGGAGAAAAGCCAAAGGUAAAAGGUAUCGGGAUAUGAGGCGUUCAAGAACCAUCAUUCAAGCUGAACAGCUAGACAUUCUGUACGGCUGCUAUUUCAAAGACCCAAAUCCUGGGAAACAUGAAUUUGAACAGAUUUCAGAGUGGGUCCACCUUCCAAAGAAAGUUGUUCAGAUUUGGUUCCAGAACAUGAGGGCGAGGGAGCGGAAGGGCGAGGUUCGAUUCAUCAGCGACGGGACCCUUGCGGCCGUCGGCAAACCUUUAAUCAAGUUUACCUGGCCUCUUUCCAAACCAAUAUUCUCCAACAAGCCCCCUGCAAACAACACUGGGUGCAUUACAACUACUCCAAUCGUACGCACCCUCAUCAAGACAGAGAGAGAGCCUGUUAAAGAUCUGGGAAAACCAGCUGUGGUGAAAAAAAUCACCCCUGUUCCCAUUAAACCUAAGGAGGUCGUUUCCUCCACUGCAAUCUCACCUGUGAGCAGCAGUGCUUCUGCAGUGCCAAAGACCAAGCUCGAAACCACCAGCAAUGUCACCAUGGUCAAAGUCGCACCCAAAGUCAACACACCUGUCCUUCUAGCUCCACCCAAGGAUCCCAUUCCCAUCGCUCCGAGGCCAGCCCAAAAGCGAAAGCAAGAUGAAGAGAGCGAAGAAGACAAGACGGAUGACGAGAAAGACAAUGAGAAUAACAUGGGUGGUGGACCUGGAACUACAAACCGCAUGGUGCCCAAGCUGCCUUCGACGCCCAUCAACAACCGGCCUUCUGCCACAUCGGCGGUGUCGCAAAAACAAAACGGCCUCAAUUACUGGACGCCCAAAGUACCCAUUAAGAUCAACACCCUAUCGAGAGAACAACUGGCCCUGCCCACGCACACGCCUCCUCGCACCAUCCCGCCUCCUCCCACUCCCAGCAUCGCCCCAGUUAGCCCCAACACCCCCAGCUCUGCCAAAGUGGCCAGCCCCACCACCCCAGCCGUCGCCAAGUCCAGCCCAUCUGAAGGCAGCUUUUUGCCGCAUUCAUCGAGUCGGAGGCCGCGCACGCACCUGUCCUGCCUUCAGCUGUCCAUCCUGCAGUCCUGUUACGAGACCUGCGCGCACCCCAAUGCCAUGGAGUGUGAGGCCAUCGGCAGCGAGCUCAACCUGCCUCUCAAAGUGGUGCAGAUCUGGUUCCAGAACACCAGGGCCAAGGAGAAGCGCUGGAGGCUGCAGCAGGAGAAAAUGUCUCCUCUGUCAGGUGGGAAGGUGGACAUGAGUUCUGGAAGUUAUCUGCAGUACAGUGCCCUGAAGGCCAACCGACCCAUCCUGCCCAAACCCGUGCAGCUGACGGUGACCGAGCCCCCGUCGUCCCCGGUGGCAGGUCAGCCCGUUCCCAAGGAGACGCUGACGGGCCGCUGCGAUGCCUGCAAAGUCUCCUUUGAAUCCCGCGCCGCCGCCAGGGCCCAUGUCUUCUCUCCACGCCACCUGGCCACUCUGAGAACCACUAACUUCGGCCAGCCGACAACACUCGUCAACAAGAACGGAACCGGCGGCAGCGGACCUGGUGGCGCUCAGAGUUCGCAGGUCUCUGUGUCCGCCCCUGUGACCGGUUCUGGUUCUGGAGGGGAGAUGGUCAUGGAGUCCCCUCAGCCGGCGGCCACCAGCAGCAGUUAAAGACUCAGAUCAGGAUUGGUCUGCACACUGACUAUUCUUGGACCCAUUUGGGCUCCUCAGAUUUUAAUAAACCAGUUUGAGCACUAAUCCUCAAAAGCUAAUAUUCUUUAGUUUUUGAUGUUUGCUCCCCCUGCACCCGCGACCCUCUGCUCAUCCUUCACUGACUUGUAACUCAUUAAUCUAAAGGUUUCACCUGGAAUCAAAUCAAAUACGCCAGACAAUUUCCACGCUGCUUAACACUUAAUCAGCCGCUGCCUGAUGAGUGACGAACAUGUCUCAAGUUUCCCUCAACCUUGACACACUUUACCUAACAGCAGUUUGGUCCUAACCCUGUGGUUAUAUAUUACCUUUUUCUAUGACCUUCCUAUAAUUUGUAAAGGCACUCGACUUGCCGUGCUUGAACUAUCCUACCCUUAAGACUGAUGCAAGAGUUUUUCUUCUGUGAAGUGGCCAUUUUCUCGUGGGCUCAAACACUUUUUUUGGGAUAACAUGAAAUACUUACCAUGAAUAAACUGUUUGCUCCUGUGGAAUUGUUUUUCCUUAUGCCUACUUUCACUUGUAGGGCAGACAUUGCUUGGAUAGAACACAAACAGACUGAAGAACUGGUUCGACCGUCACCUUUCAUUUGCUGCAGGAGUGUGGUCUGGAGAGCGUCGCGUCUACUUAUUUGGGAUAUAAAAGAGGUACUUUAGAGAGAACAGGGCUGUUGAAUCGUCCCCAAUUAAAUGUUCAUAGAUUUUUCACGACAAUCCAAAUAGACAGGGCAAAAAGAGGCUGAGGGAAGUAGAAUCCUGGCAUACCGCACUUUGACACAUUUUACAUUGAAAUGUUUUUAAGCAUUCUAAUGCAAGUGUCUUUUUAUGGAAAGAUACAACAAUGCAUGUUGGAUGCCUUAAUAUAUAAUCAUGUGAAAUAAAUUGAUUUUUCUUUUUGCUAGACUAAUGAAACAUGCUUUAGAUGUGAGCAGAUCUGGGUGUGUAAAUGAAGAAGAGCUCUGUUUUAAAGGCUUUUACAUUCAUUCUUUUGGAGGGGAAACAGCUGAAUGUCACAUUCUUAUCUGGAAAAACUCUGAAUCCUAUCAGCUCCAAUUGCAGCCAAGGACUCCGGUUAGGACUUUUCCUUCUUUUCUAUGAAUCUUUGAUCCUGUGGAACUCUUCACUCCCUUCUUAAAUCACAUGUGUGUUGCUCUUCAAAAAAACAAAAACAAAAAAAUACCUGGGGGGGAAUAAACGUUGUCACCUACUGAAGGUGUUGGAGAUGAAACGGCCUUAAAGAGGAAGCGGCACCAGAAUGAAUUUUAGCCACAUCUGUCGCUGUUUUCUUAUGAUUUUUUUUAACAUCUUUUUUUUUUAAUCCUCCAUGAAUUCUGUGGUCACUUAUAUUUAUUCAAAAGCAACACAAGCAAAUAAUUGGUGUUUUUAUUUAGGUCAAAAGCCAAACACUGGGAAACACAAGGACAUGGCUUGAAAAGGUGUUUCCCACACUUCCCCUCCCUCUCAUUUUUUUUUUUUUUUUCAGUUUUGAAACAGAGUUACUAAUUCUGGAAUUGUACGUGCUGUGAAAUGAGAUCUAACUAUAUCUGGAAACCAAGACAAGGGAGAACGUUGGGUAUUACCAGUAUCCCAAAGGACUAACGGAUACUCUGAACCUAGCAAGCAAAUUGGGAAACUUUAAUAAAUGUGUUGACUGAGAGCUAAUAAGAUGGUGCUGUUUUGAAGGACGCAUAACAUACUAAAGAUGUUUUCCUUCAAUUUAAGUUGUAUAUUAAUGUUACUAUUGAUAGUUUUAACAAAAAAAUGCAAAACUAAAACCUGAACUUUUUUUGUAAAGAAUAUAUUAAAAUAACUGAUAUUCCAAAGUAAUCCUCCCUUCGCUUUCUGUCAUUCAGAAACCAAAAGCAAUCUUGAGGUCGACAGAGAGCAGGAGAGGUGUUUUUCUUUCUAUUUUUAUUUUAUUUUUAUUUUUUUUUCCUCGCAAAUGCAAACUGUAAAAGGACGUCCCAAGGCUCGACACUUGCACUAGUAGUCCGAGAUUUUUUUGCACAAGCUACAGGCGUUUUUUUCAACACAGCCAUUAAGACUCACUCGUGGUGUCCGGAAACAAUCGGCGUCCUCUCUCGAGAGUAAUAAUCUGAACUCUGGAAAACUGUAUCUUGUGUGUAAAGACAGGACUGGAGUGCUCGAAGCUCAAGACUGGGAUCACACACACACACUCACGCACGCACACACACUGACACGGUGUUGCACUGUCCAAACUAGAUAGGUUUUUAUGGAGAUCUGCUUUUUAUUCUCUUAUGUUUCAUCGUCACUUUGAUUAUCACUAUUGUUAUAACUGUACUACUACUUAUAUGAUUAGCAUUACUACUCAUCACUGUUUUUUGAUUAUUAUUAUUAUUGAUCCAUAAUGGUUUUAAAUGCCACCUCUCUGCUCGGAAAAAGAGUAUGGUAUUCCUCUGAAUAUUGAACAAUAAUAGUGGCAGUGUUGUUAUGAAUUGUUAGACUUUUUGAUUAAGCUUAUCUUUUCCUCCUCACUUGUACCUGCCUUUUUGUGUUUGGUCUCCAUUAUGCUUUCUUUGAUAUACAGAAAAAAAUAAAAUCAGUUGAACAACA